UUCAAAUGUAAACAUGGAAGCGAUUUUAUCUUACGACAGUGAUACUAGUGAAAAUAGUGAUAAAUCCGAUGGUGGACACUAUACAGCUACUGAUCUUUUUGCUCAUUUAAAACCAGUUGACGAUACGAAUUCAGUCUCAAAAACUAUCGCUCUAAAUUCAACGCCUGUCGCCAUUCCACUGGAAGAUGUUUCUGGGAUAAAACACAUAGACCCCAAAACAAAAGAAGUGAAAUACAACCCAAAAUAUGAUGAACUAUAUGCACCUCAGGUUGGGCCAACCAACCCAUACAAGACUCGGCAGGCAACCGCCAUCAGAAACUCACUGGCAGGAUAUGUAGAAGAUGCACAUGUGAGCAGUUUCCAGUUUGAGAAUCAGCGAAAAACCUUCCACAGCUAUGGAUAUGCUAUUGACCCGACUGUUGACUCGGAAACAACGUCAGGGACUAAAAUGCUGGGUGACUCAAUAGCACUGGAAGAAAAUAAAGGUCUGACAGCGUUUGAGAAGGCAAAAAAGCGCCCUGAGGACAAAAGAAAGAGACACUUAAACGAUGAUCCCAGCAAUAUAGAGGGGUUUAUAGGGCCCUGGGGGAAGUUUGUGGAUGAACAGACAGUAAUGAAACCUAAUGAGGAGGAGAAGGCAGAGUUGGAUGAGAUUCUUGCCAAGCGGGCAAAGACGGGUAAACAGACAGAGGAAAAACCUGCAGAGGAGAAAACCACACUACACAUCAAAGAUGCAUAUGAUUACCAAGGCCGGUCAUAUCUGCACGUGCCGCAGGAUGUGGGUGUGAACCUCAAGUCAGAAUACCCCCCAGAAAAGUGCUUCAUACCCAAGAAACUAAUACACACUUGGGCAGGCCACACGAAAGGUGUGGCACAAAUCAGAUGGUUCCCCAAAUCUGCCCAUCUCUUACUGUCUGCUAGUAUGGACUCGAAAAUAAAGAUCUGGGAGGUCUACAAUGACCGGCGGUGUGUCCGCACGUACCUCGGCCACAAGCAGGCUGUACGGGAUAUCAACUUCAACAACAGUGGCACAGAGUUCCUCAGCUGUGCCUACGACAGAUACUGCAAACUCUGGGACACUGAAACUGGCGAGUGUAAGGCACGGUUUACAAGUCGGAAAGUGGCGUAUUGUGUGAAAUUUCACCCAGAGGAGGACAAACAACACUUGUUUGUGGCUGGUACCUCAGACAAGAAAAUAGUCUGUUGGGACACCCGGUCCGGUGAGAUCGUGCAGGAAUAUGACAGACAUCUAGGGGCUGUGAACACGAUCACAUUUGUGGACCAGAAUCGCAGAUUUGUCUCCACAUCAGAUGAUAAGAGCUUAAGAGUGUGGGAAUGGGACAUUCCGGUGGAUUUCAAGUACAUAGCCGACCCUUCCAUGCACUCAAUGCCCGCCACUGUGUUGUCGCCCAAUGGUAAAUGGCUAGCGUGCCAGUCGAUGGACAACAAGGUCACUGUGUUCAACGUUCUCAACAGAUUUAAGUACAUGAGGAAGAAAACAUUCACCGGACAUAUGGUGGCUGGUUAUGCAUGUUGUCUAGAUUUCUCUCCAGAAAUGACCUACCUGAUAUCGGGUGAUGCCGAUGGAAAGCUGUACAUUUGGGACUGGAAGACAACGAAGCUCUACUCCAAGUUCAAGGCGCACGACGAUGUGUGUAUCGCAGCCAUAUGGCAUCCACACGAGACCUCAAAGGUCGCCACUGCUGGCUGGGAUGGCGUCAUUAAGUACUGGGACUGAGGCAACUAGGGAAGGGAAUUAGGGGACUUAAGUGAUGUAUGGUGGUAUGAAGCAUUUGCUACUAUAUGAUGUCAAAUCAUGGCAUUUGCUUUGGAGCUCGGAAUUGACUUUCAAUGUGUGGAUAGUCUCAGAAAAGCAAACAAGGAAAAUUUCAUUAACAUAGAUGUCAAACAAUGGGAAUACGAUUCUCAAAGAUAGCCAACAAGGGAAAUAUAUUUAGAAAUCAAGGACAAUAUUAUUCUUAAAGAUAUCAAACAAGGAGAAUAUUAUUAUUGUGGAUAGAAAACAAGGAGAAUAUUACUAUAAUGAAUAGAAAACAAGGAUAAUAUCAUUUUCAAAGAUAUUAAACAAGGAGAAUAUCAUUCUCAAAAAAAGCCAACGAGGAGGAUAUCAUUAUCAAAGACAUAAAACAAGGACAAUAUCAUUAACAUAAACACCUGAACCUGUGUAUUAUCAAAUGUUCCAACAGAUAAUGUGAAAAGGUGAACUGCUAUAGCAAUGUUUACCACUGUGAUUCAACAUUUGGCUUCAGUUUCUCAUGUGUCAUGUUUUUGUUAGCAUCUGCGAAAGAAAGCUGAUAUCAGCGGUAGCAUGUUUUCUCUACAAAAAAAAAUCGUUAUAAUUAGGGUUGAAAAUGCAAGAGUUUUUAUAUAACAUGAUAAAUAUUAAUAAUACAGUGUCAGACUAGUUCAGUUGAGACUUUAUUAUCAUGAAUGAUUUUAAAUGAUCAUAAAUGUAUAUAUGAUUGUCAUCUGUACAUAUGUCAUAUCAUGUACAUAAUUAUACAUGUUUAUCGCUCAUUUCGGCAUCAUUGUUAAAACAUGUAUGUGAGAAAUGCUCUGAAAUAAAUUUUUGAUA